CUGCUUAUAUAAAUAGCGUGUACUGAGCAAUGUUCUUCAAUUACCCACUUCAUAUUUCCCAUUUUUACUAUUGGUUUCAUCUCUCUACUUCCUUGAAUUAUACUUCAUCUUUUCAAAAUAUCUUUUCUCCCAGGAUUGCACAGGAGAUGUGGCUUCAGGGCUUUGCAGUGUAGAGUAGAGAUUUCAAGCUGUACUGCAAUGGGUUAUACCUGCUUUAAUAAAUCAAAUUCUUGCUUUAGUUUGAGGAAGAAUCGUCCCGGCCAUCAACAGCUGGAAGAGAUUGACACCAACAAUGUGAAGGUCUUCUCUUUUAAUUCACUGCGAUCAGCAACAGCGAAUUUCCACCCAUCUAACAGAAUUGGUGGAGGCGGGUUUGGAGUUGUUUAUAGGGGAAUGUUAAGGGAUGGUACUCAAGUAGCUAUCAAAUGUCUUUCUGCUGAGUCAAAGCAGGGAAAACAUGAGUUCAUGACAGAGAUUAGAGUGAUAUCAAAAAUACGGCACCCGAAUCUUGUUGAGCUCAUUGGCUGCUGCAUUGAGGACAAUAACCGAAUACUGGUGUAUGAAUACAUGGAGAACAACAGCCUGACUGCUUCUUUAUUAGGUUCGAAAGGUAAACAUAUUGCAAUGGACUGGUCUAAGAGAGCUGCUAUUUGCCUUGGUACCGCUACUGGUCUUACAUUUCUUCAUGAUGAAGUUGAGCCACAUAUAGUGCAUAGAGAUAUUAAGGCUAGUAACAUACUUCUUGACGGUAAAUUACAGCCGAAAAUAGGGGAUUUUGGGCUGGCAAAACUUUUUCCAGACAAUGUCACCCAUGUUACUACUCGAGUGGCAGGAACAGUAGGAUAUCUGGCCCCAGAGUAUGCGCUACUAGGACAGCUUACGAAAAAGGCUGAUGUGUAUAGUUUUGGUGUGCUCAUACUCGAAAUAAUUAGCGGGAGAAGUAGCAAUAAGGCAGCAUUUGGAGAGGAUCUGUUGAUUUUGGUUGAAUGGACAUGGAAACUAAAGAAGGAAGAAAGGCUCCUGGAUCUUGUUGAUCCUGAACUGGUAGAAUAUCCGGAGGAUGAAGUACAACGCUUCAUAAAAGUUGCAUUAUUUUGUACGCAAGCAGCUGCGCACCAAAGACCGACAAUGAAGCAAGUAGUGGAGAUGCUUUCCAGAAAUGUCAAUCUUAACGACAAGGCACUAACAGAACCAGGGAUAUACAGGAACAAAUCUACUCAUCAUUCAGGUGGUGGUAGUUCAGAUAACACAUCAUCUUCGCAGAAGAAAAAAGGCAAGCAAUCGGUAAAUCAUCUUGUAAGCUCUACCGAGUUAGAUAGUACUCAGAGUGUAACACGGAUGCUUCCCAGGUGAUGCCUGUCUAGUUCCUUGCAGAAAAUGUUUUUCUUUUUGACUUUUUAACUUUUUUUUACCAAAUAGUCAAAAUUUAGGAAAAUUCUGCAGUUUCCUAGCUAGUUAAUUCUUACACCCUCAUGCCUGUAUUCUUCCUCAACUGUGUUCAUGGGAAAAAAUAAGGUUUUCGUUGAAAGAAUGACCAAGGGUUGAUUAGGAAUAAGGUUGAUUGUAUCAAUCCGACAUGUAAACAUAAUCAUUUCAGGAUUUUUCGCCAAGAAAACGGAAUUGAGUAAGUACCUCUUCUAGUUUCAUGAUUGUUUACUACAUUUGGCUAAUAAUGCAAGUGGAUUCCGUUCGAAGGUUGAAUUCUGUUCAUUUGAAAAAAUUGUUAUGUCACAAUCUGUGUACUGCUUGCCUUUUUCUGCCGUCUUCUAUCUACUUAAUAUUGGUUAUAUUAAUUUGCAUUACUUGUCUCUCAAGUUAUGCUUGUAAUUGGUCUAUGUAUUGGUUGGUCAGUGCUAUUUUCUUAAUAAGAAUGAAUCUUAA